UCAGCAUAGUUUGUGGACAUAAAAGGUGCAAUAGUGAUCAUUACAAACUGCUUUCGUGUCAAAAGUAAUCUUAGGCAUGGGAAUGGUUGGUGGCCAAAUCAUUACUUUUGGGAGUUUGUUUCUGAAUGUUGCACACAGUAGGUACUCCGUGUAAGGUGCUGCAGUUAGAUCUUGAGGAAUACUACAGUAAUACAUUGGUAGCCAACUAGCCAUAUUCUUUAGAUGAUUGCACAAACCAAAGUGGUAUGUACCUCCUCCCAAAAUGGUGUAUGUACCACUUCCUUGGUGUAUUCUGAAAAUGUCCAUAUUUGCUCCACCGUUAGUGUUACUUUUGGUCAGAAAACAUUCAGUUAAGGAAAGCAUGACGUUUUGUCUCUUCCAUUACAGCAGGCCUAAUUACAACAUCAGAAAUCACGUGCCUGAAAUAUAUUAGUUAGACAGAUGACAGAUAUGUUAUACCCAGACACAAGUAAUGAAGUACUGCCUGUUUUAAAAUCUAGAUUUUUUUUCAUGCUAUAGCAAUAAUCUUAUCCUAUUUAUUGUACAUCUGUUGCAAGUCAUUGACAUUCUGUUUUUUUUCAAAUAUCCGAUGGAUUGGUGAUCCUUGGACAUCUACGGCAACACAAAAGAUCCAAGUGGGCCAGUGUACUACAAUGGCAUCUACCAUGAAUUCUACCAGCAUAACCCGGGUGGCACCAUUGGGACUGACAUAGUUUGGGGCCAUUCAGUUUCAACCGACCUCGUCAACUGGCUCCGGCUAGAACCCGCAAUGGUACGGGAUACCCCAAAUGACAUAAAAGGUUGCUGGACAGGCUCAACCACAAUUAUAAAUGGUGAUCAGCCGGUGAUCAUAUACACCGGUGGCGACUCGCAGGGUCGUCAAGUCCAAAACAUUGCGCUUCCCAAAAAUCGGUCUGACCCAUACCUGAGGGAAUGGAUCAAAGGAGGAAAUAACCCAGUGCUUCUACCAGACGGACCAGGGAUGAACUUGAUCCAGUUCAGGGAUCCGACAACCGGUUGGAUUGGACCUGACGGACUAUGGAGAAUAGCAGUUGGUGCUGAGCUGUAUGGCUACGGUGCUGCACUUUUAUACAAGAGUGAAGACUUUCUAAGUUGGACUAGAGUUGAUCACCCCCUGUAUACAUCCAAUGCCUCUGCUAUGUGGGAGUGCCCGGAUUUCUUCCCGGUAUUGCCAGGCAAUAAUGGUGGACUGGACCUGUCCGCAGCCAUCCCGAAAGGCGCCAAGCAUGUCCUCAAAAUGAGCCUGGAUUCGUCUGACAAGUACAUGAUUGGGGUUUAUGACCUCAAACUUGACGCUUUUGUUCCGGAUAUUGUCCUAGAUGACCGUCGGCUGUGGUUGAGGAUCGAUUACGGCUCUUUCUAUGCUUCAAAAUCAUUCUUUGACUCGAAAAAAGGAAGGAGAAUCAUAUGGGGUUGGUCUAACGAGACAGAUAGUCCUGCAGAUGAUGUUGUCAAAGGUUGGGCCGGUAUCCAUGCAAUCCCCAGGACAAUUUGGUUGGACAGCGAUGGCAAACAAUUGCUGCAAUGGCCAAUUGAUGAGAUUGAGUCCCUCCGAAGAAAUGAAAUCAACCAUCAAGAACUAGAGCUGAAGAAGGGUGAUUUAUUUGAGAUUAAGGGAAUUGACACUUUGCAGGCUGAUGUUGAGGUAGAUUUUGAGCUGACAUCGAUUGACAGCGCCGAUCCUUUUGAUCCUUCCUGGCUUUUGGAUGUCGAGAAGCAUUGUCGUGAAUCCGGUGCAUCGGUUCAAGGCGGCAUAGGGCCAUUUGGACUUGUUGUUCUUGCCUCUGACAACAUGGAGGAGCACACUGUUGUGCACUUCAGAGUUUACAAAUCACAUCAAAGCUACAUGGUUCUUAUGUGCUCUGACCUAAGAAGGUCUUCUCUAAGAUCAGAACUGUACACACCAGCCUAUGGAGGCUUCUUUGAAGUUGACCUUGAAAGGGAAAGCAAGAUAUCUCUCAGAACUCUGAUUGACCGGUCGGCGGUGGAGAGCUUUGGCGGGGGUGGCAGGGUCUGCAUAACGUCCAGAGUUUAUCCAGUGGCACUUGCCGACAACGACACGAUCCACAUGUAUGCCUUUAACAAUGGAAGUACCACGGUCAGGGUGCCACAACUCAGGGCAUGGAGCAUGAUGACAGCACAAGUGAAUGUAAUUCAGGGCUGAAGUGAUGAUUAACACAGAAGUGCAAAUUCGUUUUAUUGAUUCUUUCUCUUAUUCAUGAGCACUCGUUCGUAGAAAUAAACGGAAAUUCAGCAGGCAAACGUAAUUGAUUGUUUCCUUGAUCUCAAUUAUUCAUAUACUAUAGUUACUA